AUUGUGUAUGUCCGUUGUUCUUUGUCUUCUCUCUCUCUCUCGUCUCUCUCUCCCCCGAUCUUCCCUCUCCUUCAUUACAUGAAUCGAUUUUUUCGCAGAUCCCACAAAAGUUUUGGAUCGCUGGAGCAAAACCCCAUCGAUUUCGUCUUCAGAGUGAUACUCUGAAACAUUUCCCCUGAAAUGGAAAACCCAGAAACCCUAGCGGACGGUGGGGUUUCGUCGGAAUCAGCUAAAGCUCAAAUCAAGGAAGAAGAGACCAUCAAGGUUGAAUCUAGGGUUUCUAAUGAGACCCUGACUGGACAGUUGCCUUCGGGUGUUCCAGUUGACGGAGUUCUAGAAAAUGGUAUUAGGGUUUCUAUGGACAAUAACGAAGGUGUUGACGGUGACGCGACGACUCGAAUGGGAGUGUUGACAUCUGUGCUUGUCGAGGAGAAAGAUGGAACCGGGAUAGGUGAUGCGGCCAAGGAUGGUGGAAGUCGGAUGACAGCAGCUUCUGCGGAGUUGCAAGAGUUUGGUUCUGCUAACGAGAAUACCAAAAGGAUUGUGGAGGGUGAUGUUAGUGUUACUGUUACAGAGUCUGGUUCGGCAGUUAAUGAGAACAAGGAGAGUAGUGUUGCUCAGAUAUCGCCGGAGAUUGUGUUAAAUGGUGAUGGCACUUCUCAGUUGAACGGUGGUGACUCCGCUACGAAGCUUGAGGUAUCAGGGGAUGAUGUUGGUGUUACUGUUGCAGAGUCUGGUUCUGCAGUUAAUGAGAACAAGGAGAAUAGUGUUGCCCAGAAAUCACCGGAAAUUGUGUCAAAUGGGGAUGGCUCUUCUCAGUUGAACGGUGGUGACUCUGGUACAAAGAUUGAAGUAUCAGGGGACGGUGUACCGCUUGUUGUAGAGAUUCAUGGUUCCUGCGAGACAUAUGAGAAGAGCUGUGAGGGUAACAACAACGUGUUUAAGCCUGGAGGAGGUUUGUUUUCUGGAAAUGGGGAGAAUCCAGGUGAUAAAUUCUCAGGGCUGUCUGUUCCGAUGGAUACCAAGAAUAUCAAUGGUGUGGAAGGUGAGGAAGAGAAAGAAGAAGUAGAUGGAGAAGAAGAGGAGUAUGAAGUGAAUGAUCAAGAAAAUGAUUUCUCCGUUGGUGAUUUUGUGUGGGGCAAAAUUAAAAGUCACCCAUGGUGGCCUGGGCAGAUCUAUGAUCCUUCAGAUGCAUCAAAGUUUGCUGCAAAGUGCCAUCGCAGAGACCGUCUUCUGGUAGCAUAUUUUGGUGACGGCACCUUUGCUUGGUGUUAUCCGUCUCAGCUAAAGCCUUUUAAGGAGAACUUUGAACAUAUGUCGAAGCAAAGCAAUUCUAAGAGCUUCGUUAAUGCUAUUCAGGAGGCUGUGAAUGAGAUUGGCAGGCGGAUAGAGUUGGAGAUGACUUGUGCUUGUGCACCAGAAGAAAUCCGAAGCAGACUUGCUAGACCAUUGGCUGUGAAUGCUGGAAUCAAGGAAGGAGUAUCUGUGCCAGAUGGUGGGAUUGGGGAUCUCACAAUCACUCGGUAUGAACCUGCUAAAUUUCUUGCCCAUCUAAGGGAUGUUGCAGAGGUGGUUUCAAUGAACAGUAUACUGGAGCAUAAAGUGUUAUGCAGUCGUUUGUCAACCUUAUAUCGUGCCAAAGGCUACCGGCAAUUGCCAAUGUACUAUGAAGCUGAUCGCAUCGCCUGUACUGAAGAUUGUGCUGUAAAUGAAGAAAUGCAUAAAAACAUUUUAGAUGAUCAGAAGGGGGAACUGAACCUACAUCCAGCUGAAGUGGAGUGGAUUUCUUCACCGGUAGGUCCUGAGAUUAGCAAAUUUUGCAAAAGGGCAUCCCAGAGGUGGCCAGGGAGUUCAGAGGACAAGUUGUAUCAGAGAAAGAAGCAGAAAAGCAUUGCUGAAAUUUUGGCAGGGGAUGUCAAUGUUGAUCAUCAGAAGAGUGAGAGCAAUGCUGCUGGGGAAGUUAUCUCUGGCAAACCAGCUUCUACUUCAAAGAAAAAGAGGAAGAAGAACCAUGAAGAUGGCGUCAAUGUAGCAGAAUAUUCAGGUGGCAAUAAUAUGGGUCUGCAGACUAAGAAGCUGAAGAAAAUGAAGCUUUCAGUAUCUAUUCCAACUGCAGAGAAGAAUAGCCCAGACAUUGACAACGAUGAGGGAGCUGAUGAAGCAUCUGUGAUGAGCUCCUCCCCAAGGAUGAGGAAGAAGAGCAAGUACUUGUCACCUCCCUACACAGACCUAAGCAGGGGAAAUAAGAGCUUGAAUUCGCCUAAGGAUUCUCAAACAGAGUCUCCAAAGGCUAAAAAAGUUUCUUCUAUAGGGGAAUGCAUCCGCAGGGAUGCAGAUCAGCUUACUGGGACUCCUCCAAUUGUAAGGUGUAGCGGUCAGACUUUUCAGAAGAAACCCUCUAAGGAGAGUGAUGCGCAGCGCAAGACAUAUGGUAACUUAAGCCCUCGAACACCAAAUAGUGGCCAUUAUAAGUAUAGUUCCAUAGAAGGUGAUGCAUCUGCGGUUGAAAUGUUCUCUGACUUCGUUACUAUUGCUUUGGAUCCUUUUUAUCUAAAGGGGAGGCAGCGAUUCGACACAUUCAAGAGUUUCUUUUCAAGAUUUAGGAGCACUGUGUAUCGUAAUAAGUCCAAAUUUAAGAUGGACAAUGAACAGCUAGCUGUUCAAGGCAGUAGAAAAAGGAAGUCGUCAGAGAGUAAUAUUGGUUCAUCUGGGCAAGAUUUCCAUGGAACUGAUCGUCCAUCUUCUGAAUCUAAGUCCAAAAGGAAGAGGAAAGAAAUGAAGGAAGCAUUUCCACAGAAUCCCAAAAAUGAAUUGCCACAAGUUGAUGGCACAUCAGAUUUGAAGAUGGACCAUAGCAGAGAGGAAACCAAAGAUGAAUCUUAUGUGGCAGCAGCUCUCCUCUUGACAUUUCCAUCAGGAUUCUCUUUGCCUUCGAAAGAUGAUCUGAUCACAAUAUUUGGUAAUUUUGGUGCUUUGAAGGAGAAGGAAACUGAGGUGUUGAAAGAUUCAAAUUGUGCUCGGGUUGCCUUUGUGAGGAGCUCUGAUGCAAAAGAAGCCUUCAACAGUUCCCAAAAGGUCAGCCCCUUCGGAGAUGCAGUGGUUAAUUACCGGCUUCGCUAUUCAUCUGCCAUCUCUGAAGCAUCAGCUCUCGAUGAGAGCUCACAUCAGAAACCAACCCUUCUGCCCAAGGAAGGAAAUGAGCCUUCAACCAGCCCAUCUGCUUCAGGACUGCCGGCUGAUGACACUCAACCUCUGGUCUUCAUAAAACAAAACCUUGAGAUGAUGACUUCUGUGCUGGAGAAUUCAGGAGAAAAGAUGUUACCGGGGUUGAAAGCAAACUUGGAGGGUGAGAUUAAAGGCCUCCUGAACAAGCUAAACACAAUUGACGAGUCUUCCUCGUCUUAGCUCCUUGUCUGUCUAUUAUUUGGAGCUAUUAUUCUCUUCUGCCCACCUUUAGGCUUUUGGUGUUGCUGCUGCUGCUCACUUAGAAUAGAGUUUGUCGAGGAGUUUAUAUUUCUUCAUUUGUAGGGUAACUGUUACAUUAGAGCAUUGAGUCUAGGAAUACUGGAUUUGUAUCCUAAAAGUUGUUUAGCUUAUGCUAGUCUCUGAUCUAUUCCCUGUAAUUAAUUGCUUACUCAGUUUCCUAGUGGAAAUACAAUCAAUCCUCCUCACAA